AAACCCCAAGCCCCCCGAGCCCAGGCCGCUUCCCCAAUCUCCCACGGCCACUAUAUUUCCCUCUCGCGUCCGCUCUCGAUCGCGCUGACGAUCGCCGAAGGACCGAGCGAAUAAGAGAGGCAGAGAGAGAGAGAGAGAGGAAAAGGCGAAAACAGACAGGAAAACCUUUUUGGUAUUCGAAUCCAAUCCCCGCGCGCGGCGGCGGGGCCGAAGAGGAGAAGGGCUAGGGUUUGGGAGACGCCCCCCCGGCUCGUUGUUCUCUUCACCACUCUGCUCGUUUAGAUAUUGCUCGUCGUUCGAGGCUUCUAAUUGGUGCGCUUUCUGAAGUUUUCUGGUUGGAUCUGCGGCUCGGCGUGAUGGCGGAGAGAUUGAGGGAUUUAAGCCAGCCGAUCGACGUGCCCCUGCUCGAUGCGACCGUGGCCGCAUUUUACGGGACGGGAUCCAAGGAAGAGAGGUCAGCUGCAGACCAGAUACUGCGAGAAUUGCAAAACAACCCUGACACCUGGCUACAAGUGGUUCACAUUCUACAAAAUUCACAAAACUUAAAUACCAAGUUUUUUGCCCUACAGGUACUAGAAAAUGUCAUUAAAUACAGAUGGAAUGCCUUGCCAGCUGAACAACGGGAUGGAAUAAAGAAUUACAUAUCUGAUGUCAUUGUACAGCUUUCUAGUAAUGAAACCUCUUUCCGGAAGGAGCGAUUGUAUGUUAAUAAGCUUAAUGUCAUAUUAGUGCAGGUCUUAAAGCAUGAGUGGCCAGCCAGAUGGCAGAGCUUCAUUCCCGAUCUUGUCUCAGCUGCAAAGAGCAGUGAAACAAUUUGUGAAAAUUGUAUGGCUAUACUGAAGCUUUUGAGUGAAGAGGUUUUUGAUUUCUCAAGAGGAGAGAUGACUCAACAAAAAAUAAAAGAACUGAAGCAGUCAUUAAAUAGUGAAUUUCAACUCAUCCAUGAGUUAUGCUUAUACGUACUAUCAGCCUCUCAAAGAACAGAGCUUAUCAGGGCUACUUUGGCAACACUUCAUGCCUUUCUAUCAUGGAUUCCACUUGGCUAUAUAUUUGAAUCUCCACUGCUGGAGAUACUCUUAAAAUUCUUUCCCAUGGGAUCAUACCGGAACCUUACUCUUCAGUGUUUGACAGAGGUUGCGGCCCUUCAAUUUGGCGACUUUUAUGAUGCACAGUAUGUGAAGAUGUAUACAAUAUUUAUGGCACAAUUGCAGACAAUUAUUCCUCAUGGUACGAAUUUUGCAGAAGCAUACACAAAUGGUUCUAGUGAAGAGCAGGCUUUCAUUCAAAACCUUGCGCUCUUUUUUGCUUCAUUUUUCAAGUGUCACAUCCGAGUACUGGAAUCAGCUCCUGCAAAUAGAGGUGGAUUAUUGAUGGGCCUCGAGUACCUUAUUGGUAUUUCAUAUGUUGAUGACACUGAAGUUUUCAAGGUUUGCUUGGACUAUUGGAAUUUAUUGGUACUUGAGCUGUUUGAAGCGCAUCACAACUUGGAGAACCCUACUCUUUCAGCAAGCUUGAUGGGUCUUCAGACGACACUCAUGCCUGAGAUGGUUGAUGGCCUUGGUUCUCCUCUUCUUCAGAGGCGGCAACUUUAUUCAGUUCCAUUGUCCAAGUUAAGAACACUCAUGAUUUGUCGUAUGGCUAAGCCGGAAGAGGUUUUGAUUGUUGAAGAUGAAAAUGGAAAUAUAGUCCGUGAAACUAUGAAAGACAUCGAUGUCCUUGUUCAGUAUAAGAUAAUGCGGGAAACAUUAAUAUAUUUGUCUCACCUUGAUCAUGAGGACACAGAGCAACAGAUGUUAAAGAAGUUGAACAAACAAUUGAGUGGAGAAGAAUGGUCCUGGAACAACUUAAACACAUUAUGCUGGGCCAUCGGAUCCAUAUCAGGAUCAAUGAUGGAAGAACAGGAAAAUAGAUUUUUAGUAAUGGUCAUUCGUGAUUUACUGAAUCUUUGUGAAAUCACAAAAGGAAAAGAUAACAAGGCUGUUAUUGCGAGUAAUAUCAUGUAUGUUGUGGGACAAUAUCCGAGGUUUCUUCGAGCCCAUUGGAAGUUUCUCAAAACAGUUGUUAAUAAAUUAUUUGAGUUUAUGCAUGAAACUCACCCAGGUGUCCAGGACAUGGCUUGUGAUACUUUUCUGAAAAUUGUCCAGAAAUGCAAGCGCAAAUUUGUAACCACUCAGGUUGGAGAAAAUGAGCCAUUCGUUUCUGAACUUUUAUCUAGUUUAUCCAUUACUGUUGCAGAUCUUCAGCCUCAUCAGGUUCACUCAUUCUAUGAAUCUGUUGGUCAUAUGAUUCAAGCUGAACCCCUUCCUGCCAAGAGAGAUGAAUAUCUGAGAAGAUUGAUGGAUCUCCCAAAUCAGAAAUGGGCUGAAAUAAUUGGGCAAGCAAGUCGCAGUGUAGAUGUCCUGAAAGAUCAAGAUGUCAUAAGAACAGUUCUUAACAUCUUGCAGACAAAUACUAGUGCUGCUAGUUCUCUGGGAACAUAUUUCUUCCCACAAAUUUCCCUGGUAUUUUUGGACAUGCUUACCGUCUACAGAAUGUACAGUGAAUUAAUAUCUAACAGUAUUGCUGAAGGUGGUCCUUUUGCUUCAAAAACAUCUUUUGUUAAGCUUUUGCGAUCUGUAAAACGGGAGACACUUAAGCUGAUUGAAACAUUUAUAGACAAAGCUGAAGAUCAGUCACACAUUGGUAAGCAGUUUGUGCCGCCUAUGAUGGAUCCUGUUCUUGGUGAUUAUGCCAGAAACUUGCCAGACGCUAGGGAAUCUGAAGUAUUAUCACUCUUUGCAACCAUCAUAAACAAGUAUAAAAUCGUGAUGAUGGAGUAUGUACCUCGCAUAUUUGAAGCUGUAUUUCAAUGUACUCUUGAGAUGAUCACCAAGAAUUUUGAGGACUAUCCAGAGCAUCGUCUUAAGUUCUUCUCUUUGUUACGUGCAAUUGGUACCCAUUGUUUCCAAGCUUUAAUUCAAUUAUCAAGUCAGCAAUUGAAACUUGUGAUGGAUUCUAUUAUUUGGGCUUUUCGCCAUACCGAAAGGAAUAUUGCUGAGACUGGCCUUAAUCUUCUGUUGGAGUUGUUGAAGAAUUUUCAGGUUUCGGAGUUUUGUAACCAAUUCUAUAGGACAUAUUUUUUGACAAUCGAGCAGGAGAUCUUUGCUGUCUUAACAGAUACAUUCCACAAACCAGGCUUCAAGCUACAUGUUUUAGUGCUUCAGCAUUUGUUUUGCUUGGUUGACUCUGGUGCAUUAACGGAACCACUAUGGGAUACUUCUACAGUUCCAUAUCCAUACUCAAACAAUACAAUGUUUGUUCGAGAUUACACCAUAAAACUAUUGGGGUCAUCAUUUCCAAAUAUGUCAGUUGCUGAGAUAACUCAUUUUGUCACUGGAUUGUUUGAGUCCAAAAAUGAUCCUCCAAAUUUUAAGAACCAUAUACGAGACUUUCUCGUCCAAUCGAAAGAGUUCUCUGCUCAGGAUAACAAAGAUCUUUACGCAGAGGAAGCUGCUGCCCAGAGAGAACAGGAACGCCAGAGAAUGUUGUCCAUUCCCGGGCUCAUCGCCCCUAAUGAGCUUCAGGACGAGAUGUUGGAUUCGUAGUAUCACACGGCUUUUCAACGCUAAUUUCACAGUUAUUUUCUGUUUGCCAGAUUCCUGCAAGCGCCUCACGCUACUUGGCUAAUUCUCUGCUGGUGGUGAUCCGAGGAUGUCUAUUUCUAAUUUGCUGUCCGUGUUUGUUGAUUUGAUUUGUAUGGGCAGGUAGAGGAAACUCUAGCCUGCCAUAGAGAGCCACUUGAACUUGUGAUAUUUUCAGGCUUGCUCUGAUGUCUGGUUGAGAUGUAGCUUCUUGGUAGAAUGUAUUUCCCUACUAUAGGGCUAGCAUGGUGCGUGUUCGGCAUAAUGUAUUUACUAGUAUAGGGGAGUUGAUGUGUUCAUCCCAUAGUUUUUUUUCAUGUCUCCUUCACCUCUGCAAGAAAUAGAAGAAUCAUUGUCGAUAAACCUUUUAUGCUCACUAACAAUGUCAUAUGAAUCACAUUGUUGCAGCUGAAUCUUCAAUUUGAAUUACAAAAAUUUUAAUUUUUAAUA